GUAAUGAUGAGACACAAAGUGAAGUCUGAAAAAAUCCAAUCUACCUAUAUGCGUUAUACCUACUUAACUAUAAAACUAAAAAAAAAAACACUUUUAUUUAAAAAUCAAAAUAAUGAUGCGUAAGCCUAUAGGUAAGAUAAGUUUUAAUUUUAAUGAUCAUUUAAAUUAAAAAUAAAUCAUAAACUUUCACUUUGCUCUUACUCUUACUCUUACUUAAACCUAACUUCUUAACUGUAUAGUCUAAACUGAUUAAAUUAAAAACUAAAAUAAAAAAAUCACUGAAUCAACAACUUUAACUACAAUUAAAAUUACAUUCGUUAAAAUUAUAUAAUAAUAAUAAUUAAUGAUAAUUUAAUUACAUAUGUAGGCCAAAAAAAUAAUAUACUAAAUAUGACAGACUGGUAUUAGUCCAAGAAACAACCAAAAAAACUUUCAAGAAAAUUAAUUGAAUAAUUAUGUAAUUAUUGAAAUUCAAUAUUUAUAGACUGUUGGGUGGGGGGGGGUGUGAUGGCGCUGGGAUAAGACAGUCCACCCUAGCCCCAGGCUGCACUUUUGUUUAUUUAUAUGGAGGAGGGACUGCAUUGUUUUUCCAAAUGCAAAAAAAAAAUUGUGGGAUGGAGAAUAGAGGUGACAAAGUUCUUUCCCUACCCUGGAAGUGGAAAGCUAUUAUAAGUAUAACCCUUAGAGGUACACCAUGGAAAAGUUUUAUUUUGCUUGACAGUGCUUGUUAGUUGUAUGCAACAGUAUCAGAAGAAGAAAUUAAUUUAAAAGGAAAUGUACCACAUUUUCUCGAUUGAACAGUGAAAGAUGUUUCAUAUAGAUAGGCAAUAAUAAAAAUAUGCCUAAUUCAAUCUUGAGCCUAAACACUGUAUUUUGACUCCAGCUACUAAUUUAAUUUAAUGUUAGACAUUUUUUUAUUAUUAGGCCUACUAGUGUUUUUAAAAUUACUGAUAUCUAUACUCUUAGCUUGUUUAUACAUUCCUUAUAUUUAUUUAUAGAAUUGUACUUGUCUCAAGAAACUUGAGUUUUAAGAAGAAUUAUACACAGAAACCAUAAUGCCAAGCCCAAUAUAGAAGAAUACCUACUGAAAUGUACUUAGCUUUUUUUAUAUAUAUAUAUAUAAUUUAAAUUUGAUUAUAUGCAGAUUUCCCAGAUUAGAUUUAUGCUCCUUUCCAUACUGUGCCAUACAUAAAUAAAAUGGACGAUUACAUUAAACGCUUUAAAAGAUAAAAACAACCCAUGUAAACACUGUUCCCUAUGUACAGGCAAAACAUUAUUUAUCUUAUUAAAUUUAACUCAAAUAAGUUUUUAAAUAAUUUUUUUUAAAUUUGUAAAGCCCUUCUUAUAUUUGUAGGCCCUGUGAACUUUUUAAAGAUGUUUUUCUCAUCCCAAAAACCUUCCCCUUUUAUUCCAACAAUUUUACAAUUACCCAGUUUAGAUCAUUUGAGAAAUAUCAAUACCUAAAGCUAAACAAAGUCACCAUCUUCAAGAAUAUUUACAAAAUUGCAGAAGAAAUAAUCUUGACAAAGCUAGAGCUUGACAAAAAAAUUAUAUUUAAAAUAAGUUCCUAUUAUGUCUCAAAAUUUUUUAUAGAACUGUAAUGCAUACCAUAUAAUUGUGUCUUGGGAUUCUUGCUGUGACCACCUUUGUCUAUAUCUUCUUUGCCUUAUUUGCUUCUAGUGUUGCAUAGGCCAUUCACACAUUCUUGCCCAAUAUCUCUUCUGGGCCAUUCUUUCCAACUCUUUGAGAGCUCUUUGUGUAGUUAUCAGGUUGUAAAAUUUGCGCUAUAAAUUAAUGAAUCUUCUGAUGUCGCUGUUGGUUUUAUUGUUUACUUACAAAGCCAUUUAUUUCAAUACUCACAUUUAGGGAUAUUUAUACUUUUUUGAUGUGUAUACUACGUUUUCACAGGUACCUAUUUUAUUUUUACAAAUUUUUUUAUUUUUAUUAUCAAUAUCGUCUUAGAGAUGGCACGGAAAAUGAUCUGAUACAAGAUACAGCCUGGAACAAUGUUAUUUUUAACUCUUGGAAACAUUGUCCUAUAUGGCAUGCAAUGGCUCUAUGAAAUAAUUAGGCAAAGGCGCUAUGGACAGGUCAUGAAUCGGCUACUGCGCACCUCAAGUGUUAUCAUACAAAGAACAAGGAAAACAGAUUUAAGAGUAACGACUUUGCUCAACAGCACGAAUCAGUUGUCUGAGAAGUUAGAGCUUGAGGAUGAUUUCAUUCGAAUUUCCAGCUUGGUUCCAUUGGUAAGGGAGCUUAUAUCACAUAAAUAAAUCAUACCACAAUGUAAUUAUAUAUUUAUUCAAUUUUUUUUUUUUCAUUAAAAGUAUUACUAUUCACACUUUUUAUAAUUUUAUGAUAUUUAAUGCAUUUAAGUUGAAUUUAUUCAGUUUGAACCCAAAUAUUAUAUUAUCUAAGCACCAAAACACUUUUUCUUUUUUUUUCUUUUCAGCAAGAGGUUGACCUCAGCACCUGGACUUCUUACACAUCCUAUUUAGAAAUCCAUACAAAGGUUGCCACUCCAGAGCAGAACAUUUGUCUUCUUAUGGAAGCCAAACGACCAAAAGAUCUUAACAAGUUUGUAAACAAAGCCCUCAAAAUCCCACCAGCUUACAGGGUUCAUGUGAGUGUUUAAUAUUUAAAUAAGCUAAUUGAAAAUAAAAAUGUGUAACAUCUCUGUAAGUUUGCAUGUAAGACCUACACUUAACAUUCUCAAAAGAUUUUCAUGUUUGACUAUCCAAUUUAUUUUCAUUUUUUGCUUUUCUAUUAGCUAAUUUAUGCUAUGUUUUUUUUAUCCAUAUAAAAUAACUUUUAAAAAAUAAUAAAAGACAGAAGGCCUUAACUUUAACAUUCUCAUGUGUUCUUUUCCCUCAGGUUCUAAUACAUGGAUGCCCUAUCGCUUGGAAAACUGCAGAUCCCUUUGGUAUUAUCCUUCAUUGUAGCUUUCCCGGGCUUCUCAUACUGACAGACGCAUUUGGGCAAGAUCGCCUUACACUGGAAGAAGAUCUAGAGCUUGUGCGAUUAGUCAGUGAGUGGCUGUUUCCUCUGGCUUCUUUUGUUUAAUUUUUUUAAAGUUCAUUUAAUAAAACCUUCAGCCACGCACAAAAUUUUUUCAAAAUUAUUUAUUUAAUGAUUGCAUGAUAUAAUUUAUGUAACAGAAAUUUUUUUCAUACAAAAAAUUAACACUUUUAAUUAAAUGAUGGUGUUGAGGUUUAUUUUACUACCUUACAGGUGUGAUAACAAAAGGGACCCCCCAGAAGCUUGUUCCUCAGUUUAGCGACCAACUAUCAAAGACUGCUGAAGACAAGCAUGAAGAAAAGUCUGUUGGUUCUAAACAUGAUAUCAUAAAAAAUGAUAAAGAAAUAGCUGGUACUGAUGCACACUUUGGAAUCGACAUUAAAGGUUUGUAUGGGCAAUGUAUAUUUUAUUACAAAUAUAUAUAUAUAUAUAUAUAUAUUACAUUAAAGGUUUGUAUGGGAAAUGUAUAUUUUUUUACAAAUAUAUAUAUAUAUAUAUAUAUAUAUAUAUAUAUAUAUAUAUAUAUAUAUAUAUACUGUUACUUUAUAUAUUUGUUAUUAAAUUUGAAAAAAAAAAAAAAUCCUAGAUUAUAUAUAAGAUAAAUUAAAUGUAUUCAAUUUAUGAUCUAUCUAAAGAAAAAAUUCAGAAAAAAUAAUUCUUAAAGUUGUCAAAAACCUAAAAUGAUCAUUUUAAAAAAAAAAUUGUUAUAAUAUUAAUAUUAAAUAUGUGAUGUUGUGGGUUCAACCAUGUGCUAGCUUAACAUUCUUGAUAAUUGAAAUAAAAACUUUUUCAUUGUGCGCAACAAACAAGAUGUUACCAGUAAAAGUGUAGUUCAAGCUUCAAGUCCCUUGCAUCAAGACAGAGAUUUCAUGGACACUGAGAAGGAAACCAGCUUCAGUGUUGACGAUGGUAGCACAGAUCAUUCUAAAGGCUUGUGUGAGAGUUCUCAAGCCAAUGGAUCUGUACAUACGCCAGUGCCUGCCUGGGAUGAUAGAAACACAGCGGAGUCCACACGACCCAGACACCCCACCAAACCACCCAAUAUCCUUGUGUAUUGCGGCCUCAAGGACACAGCCAGGAUAUUUUCUGGAAUCAGGUCCACCCUCGAGGCGAGCAUCAACACAGAUGCUUACACGGUCUACCACCUGAGCCAUGAGGUCAUGAUGUCCGCCCCGUGGUCCAGCAGCGCUGCCCUGCUGAUCGUCUCCUCGUGCCCUCAGCUGAGGCCGGAAGUUGAAGACAAGAUCAUAGACUAUGUAGUGAGGCACGGUGGGCGUCUCUUGAGUUUCAACAGCUCCAUUGAUGCAAGGUUUGCCCGGAAAUCUCCGGAGGAAGGCAUUGACGGGGACCGGCUUGUUUCAUUCAAGUAUGGUGACUGCGAUGACGUGACGACCGUCAGGGGUCGCUAUUACUAUAGUGCUGUGACAGAGUAUUCUGAGGUCAUCAUUUCACAGGACAGAGGAACAAGGGAUCAUUUUGAAAAUGGAGGUCACAUGAUGGACCAACACAAGAAGGCCCUGGUUCUCAAAACAUUUGGAGAGGGUACCGGUGUUGCUGUCUUAUCUCAGGUACAGAGUAUAUUAAUUGUAAAAUAGUCACAUCUAUAAUAGGAGGCCACAUACCCAUGUCCUAUAAGGCAUAUAUAUUGCAAAAUAAACAAAUGACUGUAAAACCUAAUGACUUUAAAUGAUUUGCAAAUAAAAAUUGAGUUUCAUUUCUUUUUUUCUUUUUUUUUGUCUUAGGAAGUGAGAUUAAAAAUAUAAUUUUUAAAAAUCUAAAAGCCUCUGUGUUCUGUUCAAAUAUUCUGUGAUAAUUGGUAAUUAUAAUUGAAUAGACAAUAAAAACAACUCUAGAAACUGAUGCUUAAACAAAGGUAAUGAGACAGCCUCUUAAAUAUUUUGUUCUUCUUUCAGCUUCUCCUUGAGAGGGACCCUGCUGAGUAUGCUGCGGAUCCCUCUUCCUUUGCCUUGCUGAAACGAUCCAACACGGACAGGCUGACGGUGCUCCGUGAAAUUCUCACAUCUUUGGGGAUCGACACCAGUCCUGGGGUGAUACCCCCGCUAACUCCCUGUCUCCUGCUUGUUAGGAGAGUUGUAAGUCUCCUCUGCUUUGUCUUCUCUCUUGUGUCUCCUCUGCUGUGUCUCCUUUCUUGUGUCUCCUCUGCUGUGUCUCCUCUCUUGUGUCUCCUCUGCUUUUUCUCCUCUGUUGUGUCUCCUCUGCUUUUUCGUCUCUGUUGUGUCUCCUCUGUUGUGUCUCCUCUGCUUUUUCUCCUCUGUGUGUCUCCUCUGAUGUGUCUCCUCUGCUUUGUCUCCUCUCUUGUGUCACCUCUCGUGUCUCCUCUGCUUUUACUCCUCUGUUGUGUCUCCUCUGCUGUGUCGCCUCUGCUUUGUCUCCUCUGUUGUGUCUCCUCUGAUGUGUCUCCUGUGUUGUGUCUCCUCUGAUGUGUCUCCUCUGUUUUGUAUGUUUUCAUUGUUGAGAAAUAGAGAUUCAUCUUCAGUUUCAUUCUGUUUUACCUCAGAAGCUUUUAAAUUAUUUUAUAGAUUAUUUUUAAAUUUUGUUGUUGUUUGCUCCCACCUGAUCUCUUGUCCUCCCAAAGCUUACUUCCAAUAUGCAUAAAAUUAGAUUGCAAAUUUAAGGCACUAAAGAUAAGUUUAGGAAUUAUAAUUUUAGAACCUGAAUCAUAUAUAAAUAAUAAUAUAUAUAAUAAUCAAAUUUACAGUAUUCAUUGCAAUAUGUAACUGCUUUAGAAAAAAUAUAUCUUUUAGCUUGUUUGCAAUAUUUCUUCCUGAAGAUCCGUUGUGGACUUUGCUCUAGAGCAGGCCUGCACAACUCAAAAUGUAAGGGCGGGCCAUAAUACUUCAUGAAAGACUUGUAUGGGAUGUAAUAUUUUAUAAAAACUUGUGUGGGCUGAAAGAUAAUUGGACAGGUUGGAAAGGUAUUAAGAAAAAAAUAAUGAAUAUUUCGUUACAUCGCGGGCCGCCAAGUGGGUGCUGGCGGGCCACAUGUGGGCCGUAUGUUGUGCAGGCCUGCUCUAGAGACAUUUUAUAUUUCUAGCAGUUAUGACUUUUGAUAUAGUUUUAAAUCUUACAAUUUCUUACAAUUUUAUUUAAAAACAUAAACAAUUUAUUUCUUAAAUAGUGGAACCCCGCUACAAUGCGCCCCGCUAUUAUGUGAAUUUGGAUAUAAAGCAAUUUCCUAUUUAUCCAUAUAUUAACUUUUUAUUUACAAAGAUUCUGUAAACUAGAGUACCGGUAUCAAAGAAAAAUAACAAUGCAAUCAUAGAUCCACUAUAACUUGACCAACUUCAACACCACAUAGCUCUCUAACCACAAGAGUUGUUGACAUGGCUCACUUAGCACAAGAGUUGUUGACAAAGCUCUCUAACCACAAGAGUUGUUGACAUAGCUCACUAACCACAAGAGUUGUUGACAUAGCUCACUAACCACAAGAGAUUUUUAGAAAAAUCACCUAUAUUUAUAAUUUUUUUUAAAAUACCAGUGCUGUUAGCUUUGGAUAUUGCAAAACCCCACCAUUAGGACAAUCUGAUUUUAUGGACCCCAAUUAUCGUAUUAAAGGGUGUUCCACUGUAUUAGUUUUAAUCUUUUUCAAUUCUGGAAUUCUUUCUUGAAGGGCUUGAAAGAGACGUUUUUAGACUCCUUCAAACACAGACUGAAAGAAGACAAAGUCCUAAAGGCUCAGAAGAUCAGCCUCAAGUUUGUGGAUUCUUUUGACAAUUCAGAAAUAAAUCCUGGAGUCCUGCCUGUGGUCACCAGCUUGGACUGUGAUAUCGCUACCCAGUUCUUUCAGCUGUCCCAAUACUGGCAGAACCUUAAGACAUCCAAACUAGGUCAGGUCGUGUUCUACACAGAUGUCAUCACCACCACCAUGACUGUGUUUGAGGGACUGCUUUUCUCCAUCCCCAAGGACGUGGGGCCCAUUGCAAUAGCUGGAUGCCAGACUAGUGGAAAAGGUAUUGCUUUUUAAAAAAAAAAAAGUAUUAUGGAUAAAUUUCUUCAUCUGUAUUCUACAGGGCUUGGGUAACAUCGUUUCUAAGUUUGUAGUUUCAUAAAUAUUUUAUUUGUUAUGUCACUGACGUAUUCUAGCAAAGUCAGCCAUCUGGAAUCUACAGGGCUGAGAUAACAUAAUGUUUCUCAGUUACUAGUUUCACCAAUAUUUUCUUUGUUAUGACAUAUAACUGGUAUAUUCUGGCAAUGAUUGAAUCUUAGAAACAUAAUAAAAAUGAAUUUAAGAUAACUUCCAGCCCUGUUAUGUUAACUCCCAUAUUAAAAAAUCUUUUCUGAAGUGAGAUUUGUAUGCUGUUUUUAAAAAUAAAAUUAGCAGUUUUAGAUCUGUAUUUUCAAUUUCGUCCAUGGAUGAAUUACCUCUUGGAGCAAAAAAAACUAACCUUUUGUAAACAUCCUCAUCAUCAUAACCAGCUGUGUAGUAGUUAACGAGUUGACAAUGCAUUUAACACAAAAUUUGUUCUUUGGGGUACGUUCAAAUUUUUGUGAAACAGAGUAGCUUGCCAGUGGUUGCCGCCUACUUUUACCACUUUGGGUUGGUUCCAAAAUCAUCUUUGUUGUUUUUAAUCUCAAUUCCAGUAAGUUGAGUAUGGUCAUUUAAAACAGACAAAAUAGUAUAGUUUUUAAAAUAAAAUUUAUACUUUUACUCUGAAUAAUUUCUUACCUCUAAAUUCAUGGUGAUGUCAUCCGAUCCAUGUUUACUCAGCCAAACCAUGACGAAAACAACAAAUGAUAUGAAAGCGGAAAUGAUAUUCACCAACCCAAUAUACUCCUUUCUCCCCGAAAAUAAUAAGGUGUUUUUUUUUGUGUGUGAAUGUACCUAUUAGGUUUCUGAUUAAUGUCUAGAUCUCCCCUGCUGUUUGCCAAGGUCAAGUUUGAGAAUAAACCCCAGAACAACAUAGAAUUAAGAAAUAAUAUUAAUUAACUUAAAAUAUCGAUGUUGUCAUAUUUUUUAGUUUUAAAAUUUUUUUUGCCAGGCAGAGGAGGUAACUCUUGGUUAAGUCCACAAGGAUGCGCCAUGUUUACCCUUCCUGUAAGCCUCAGCGUUGACAGUGAACUAGGUCAGCGGGUCUCAUUUUUGCAACACAUGGUGUCUGUAGCUGUUGUUAAGAGUGUUGUCACAUUGCCUGGUUAUGAGGUAGGUAUUAAAUAAUAUAUCAGAUCAUUUUUUUUUUUUAAAUGUUGAAUGGGGGUCUAUGGCUCAGUUUUACUAGUCUAAAAUGUCCAAAAAAGAUUAUCCAAUGAAAAGGAAAAGCAGUUUUCUUAAAUUAUAUAAAUUGGAGUACUGGCAUUAUCUGAGUAAUGUAUCAUUUUCACUACCUGCCAACCUUAGGUAUCUCAGCUUCUAUCAUUGUAUUUCAGGAUCUUGACAUAAAGCUCAAGUGGCCUAAUGACAUUUAUUAUGGCAAGGAGAUGAAGCUUGGAGGGGUCUUGGUCACUUCCACAGUCAUGGGCUCUGAGAUCUAUGCCACGAUUGGUAAGUAGUCAUUGUCAUAUGUUACCACAGAGUAUCAUCCGUGCCACCAUUGGUAAGCGGUCAUAGUCAUAUGAUCGGUAAAUAUACUUUUAGUAUUUUAAUUCUAACAUAGUUCAAGCUUUAUAAUAAUAACUAUGUAAUUUUUUUUUUUUAAAUUCUAUACAUAAAAUAAACUGUUAAACUGUUUUCAGGUUGUGGGUUCAAUGUUGCAAACAGUAACCCAACAAUAUGCAUAAAUGACAUCAUUCAAAUGUACAACACAUCCCACCCUGACCUUGCUGACCUUCCACCUCUGAGCCAUAGUCAACUCAUUGCUCGGACCAUAACAAUUUUGGAAGGCUUAAUGCAGGACUUUGAUAAAAGAGGCCAUGAAGCAUUUUGCCAAGAAUACUACAAGCACUGGUUACAUGAGUAAGUAGUUUAAACUAUUUGUUAUUGCUGGAGUGUUUCUUUCUAACAUCGUUGUUACACUUGAAUUCACUCGGAUAUAAUUUACCCUGAAAAUAUCUUUUUCAAGCAAAAUGUGCAUGCUCAGAAAUUAGCUUACUGGUAAGACAGGUUUUAAAUUUAUAAACUGUUCAGAGUGUAAUGUGGAAGGCACCGUUCCAACCAGUAUCUGAAUUACCUAUGCUACUACACAUUUUUUUAAAAAACCCAUCUCCAAGUAUUUAGAAAUCGAGUUAACUUUUCUGUAACUAUUAAUAAUAUAGCAUUACAUACCCCAAAACUCAACAAAGAAUUGUUUUUUAAUUCUGCAAGAUUCUUAAAAACAAGUAUCUACAAAAUUACUGCUUUCAUCCCCGCGUGAAAACUUCUCUUUAUUCAACGCUUUUAAUUUUAAGUACCUACCAUGAAAAGUGUUCUGUCUUAUUUACCUAGAAUUCUCACUCAUAUUUUGUCCAAAUCUAUCACAUCAUCAAGGGGAGCUAAAGUGACCAUACAGCUCGAUCAGCCUACCCAUGGAGAAAUAGCAGGGUUGGACGAACAUGGUUAUCUCUCAGUUCGUACACCUGAUCAAGGUCUGUUGAGUGUCCAGCCAGAUGGGAAUUCAUUUGACAUGAUGCAUAACUUGAUCUAUGUUAAGUCAAGGACUUGACCACAGACGCCACAAGGGCAUCAUCACAGGGCUGACAGCACUUCAUACGUAAUUAUUAUGUACACAUCAAGAACAUUUUACGUCUUAUGUGGUUUUGUUUUUAACUGCUGAGCACUUUGUGGAUUAAUAACAGCAGACCUGUUUACUCUUAUGAUUUUGACAUACACUGUAUGAUUUUGUGCUGUCUUUAACAAUUGCAAGCCAAGACCUGUCACAACUACGAUUUUAAGAAACUGGUUUGAAAAUAUAAACAUCCAGGUAGUUUUUCCAAUUAAAAAAAUAAUUACUAAAAAGUACAAUUUCUGUUGUUAGUUUUAACCUGCUUUCCAUUUUUAUAUUGCUCAAAACAUCUGUACAAUUUUUAAUACCCCCCCCCCCUCUUCCUUUCAACCAUUUACAGCAUGUUAUGGUUAUCAGACUGUAAUAUAUUAGAGGGAGAUAGGAUGAAUAUGGUAUUGAUUCUUGGUUUUUUAAAAUCAGAUUUUCCUAAAUUAUAAAUCUCAAGUUACGUGGUAGGUUUUCUAAAUGAUGUCAUCAUGUGUUAAUUCUUAUUUAAAUACAUUCUAUUUUAUGCUGAUCUGACUUCGUGUUUGAACCAUAUUAAAUUGCACCAGUAACUUUAUUUUUACCAGUCUCAGACUGUGAUCAUGUGCUCUGCAUGUUCACUCAAUAAAAAUUUAUAGCUAUAGCAAAUACACAUCCGCAAAACAAAGUGACCACAGAUUACAAUAUUAUCGUUGGUCAUCUACUUUUAGAAGUUAGCUUUUUUAUGCUAGCUUAACUUGAUCCCACUAGACACGCGAUGCAAGUAGUUAUUGUACAUAUAUAUAGUAUAUAUUUAUUUAUUUACUAUUAAGAUACUGUAUUAUAUGAUUUUGAGAAGCCGUUAAUAGUAGAUUAGCUUAAAGGAAUUAAUAGUUGAUAGGUUUGGAAUUAAAUAAGAGUAGCGUUUACUUUUACCAGUCACUAUUUGUUGUUUAUAUUUGAAUAAAAAAUAAGCUUGUAUUAUUUUGGCGAGUUUUCAGUUUCAUUUAAACUUAUUAUCCUUUGUAAAUAUAAUAAUUCUUUUUAAACUAAAACUUUUUAUAUUUAACCAUUUUAGUUUAAAUGUGUACUGGUAUAAUUGUUGUUUAUGUUGGCUCAUAACAUUAAUCAGGUUGUGUCUGAAAUCUGUGGCUCUUAAAAUGUGUAAGACUCAGUAAGACCCACACAUAAAAUUAAGGUCUAAUAUCCAAAAAAUGUUGAAGGAAUAU